GUAUUGAAUAAUCUAGAGAGUCAGCCCAAGUCAAGUGAGCUUGCACAAGAAAUGCCAAAAGCUAAAAAAUCUAACUAUAAAGGCAAGCUCACAAGGUACUGUCCAUAAGAACUACUGGAGACAAAGCAGGCUUAGAGAAGAAGAAGAGAAGUUGGUAGCCAAAGCGUAUACUAAUAGUUACGUUAGGACUAUCGAGAAAUAUGAUAAAUAAACCAAAACAUAACUUCUUUGAGGUCACCCUUGGAGAGAGGAAUGGCUUGGAGUUUAUGAGGUUAUUGAAGCCGUUAGGAUUGCCAAAGCAAGAUGAUGCAUGCAUUUCCAGGUUUCCUAAAAACUCUUUGCAACUAAAGAAAUCGUUGGGUUUAUCAAUUCCAAGUAGAAUGAAAAGAGUAUACCUGAACGCAAAUUCACCCUCUGUGAUUAAGAUAACCCCUUAUUUUAACCAGAUCCUUGAGAUCAGCAACAAGACGACUCAGAGAAUUGUGCUUUCAAAUUUCAUAUUGAAUGAAAGACAAAUUCGCAGAUUUUUAUUUGCUAACAGAAAUAAGAAGUUCAUUAAUUUCUGCAAUUGAGAGAUAGUACUUCCAAGUGUCCCUCCAAGCGGAUGGCUGCCAUCUAGCCAGAUCGAGAGAUUUGGGAUCUCCAUAAAAGGUAUCUUAAAUAGAAACCACUCCUACUCUAAUUAUGUCAAUUUUGAAAACUUUGUGGCUGGCUUAGCCAACCAAAAAGAAUUUACUAAGAACUUAGUCAAAUUCAAGACUGAUAACUAUAAAAUCGGUGAAGAGUCCACCCUCGAAAUCCUCCACAAAUACGGAUUUUCUUAACCAAAACCCUCUCUACACCCAACCUCCCACCUUCAAUCCCAAAAAUACACCUAAAAACACCUCAAUUUCUU